CACCCUUGUGUAGGGAUUUUUUUAAUUCAAAUAAAUAAUACUCCAUUAAUUAAACUUCUCUACUUGCAGAUUUACAUGUGAUGAUGUUGGGUUGGGUAGGUCCUUCCUUAUUUAAGUAGCCCGUCCUCUAAUCUUCUUGGCCAUCUUCUCCUUAAUUCCUCAUUUGACUAAUCAAUCUCCUUUCAAGAUCCAAAAUGGCUAAAUUUUGCGCUCUUCUCUUGUUAUCUGCUAUAUGUUAUUUGUUUGUUCAUACCGAUGCUUUUACUGCUUCGAGAUGGAUGAGAGCUCAUGCAACCUUUUAUGGAGGCAGUGAUGCUUCCGGAACAAUGGGAGGGGCUUGUGGGUAUGGCAACUUGUACUCAUCGGGUUAUGGUACAAGAACCGCUGCAUUGAGUACCGCUCUUUUCAACGAUGGUGCGGCUUGUGGACAAUGUUACAAAAUCAUAUGUGACUACAAAGCCGACCCAAAGUGGUGCCGAAAAGGAGUGUCCGUGACCAUUACAGCCACAAACUUUUGUCCACCAAACUUUGCUCAGCCUAGCAACGCCGGAGGUUGGUGCAACCCACCACUCCAACAUUUCGAUAUGGCUCAGCCUGCUUGGGAGAAAAUCGGCAUUUACAAAGGUGGAAUCGUGCCCGUUAUCUACCAAAGAGUCCCAUGCAAGAAACAUGGUGGAGUUAGAUUCACUAUCAACGGACGAGAUUAUUUUGAGCUUGUUUUGAUAACCAAUGUUGGUGGGGCCGGAGCGAUUCAAUCAGUGAAGGUUAAGGGCUCGAAAACCGGAUGGUUGCCGAUGUCGAGAAAUUGGGGGGCUAAUUGGCAAUCAAACUCGUAUCUAAAUGGCCAAUCUAUGUCAUUUAUGGUUACAACCACGGAUGGUGUCACAAAGACCUUCUCCAAUAUCGUGCCUGCAAACUGGGGCUUUGGUCAAACUUAUUCUAGUCGUCUACAAUUCUAAAAGAGAAAUACAGGAACACUGUGUGCUUGUGCUUCAGGGUUUAGAGUUUUGGGUUUUCUAAAGAGGCAGCGGCGUGCUUACUCUUUUUAUAGAAGCAGCCUGCCGGGUUUUCUUUUGUCAGGUGGUUGUUUUAAUAACUAUAUUGAAACGGGUUUUUCUAAUUCUAACCCGGAAAACCCAGAUUGUGUUGGUUAUACUUGUGUAUUCUUCAGUAAUUAUGUAAUAAGAAGCACUAUAAUUCUUCUUUCUAUACUGUUUUCUUGCAUGGGCUAAAGUCCUAUAUUUAAUACGAAUGUGACAAGUUAUUGACUUCAAAAA